AGUUCCAUUUGGUUCAAGGUGCUCAUAGGUGCUCCGAGCCUCACCUUGAGUAAUGCUCAGCUGGUUAGAGAAGGCGACAUGGGAUGCAGCAGCUCUACACUGGUGAGGCAUCAGCCUUUGAAACAGAGGGAUGAUGAUGCUGGCGAUGUCCAAGACAUCUUGCCAGCAGAGAGACAACCGAUCAGCGCUGUUGAUCCAACAAGUCACGAGGUCCAAGACAUCUCGACCUCAGCUCUGGAGUUUCAACAGGAAUUUGCACCUCCACCGAUCGGUGCCACGGAUCACCGAGCAAGGAGCGAUGUUCAAGACAUCAGCCAACAAAUCGAACUGAUUGACCGGUCCUCACUGCGUUACGCGUUGCUAGCCCAACAUGACCUUGAAAACCAGGCGUCAAUCGCUGGGCGGUACAUUAAAGCACGGACAGUGUGGACCUCCAAGUGGAAGUACGACGAUGGAGGAGCACUGUCAAAGCACCAGGUCGAGGACUUUGGUCUUCUUUUGAGCUUGGACUUCGCAGAAGGUCUUCAAAUUCAAAGCUUGGUGCUGGUGCCGAAAGAAAAGCAGGAACGGCUUGAGAAGAAGGUGAAGAACUCCAGCGAAAACCAAGAUCACGAUGGGACCAAGAUCCUCGAAACCGUGAUCCACUUGGAGGCCUCUGAGUUUGUCCUAGGCUUUUCCUCGCAAGAGGUCUUGGACGACAACGGGUGUGUGUCCCACUACCACCCAUCCAUCGUGAUCACCACCGAGCAAGGCGAGCCCAGGCUCGAGCCACUGUCGCACCACCUCCUGUGGCCGAAACCAGAAGUUGGACUCAUCAAGACUUUGCCACAAAAGCUCACAUUACCUGAUGUGCUGAAAGAAGAGACGGAGAUCCCACAGGAACCAUCAUGCUUCACGACAUGCGUCCGGACUAUGGCAGAGUGGUUCACCGCCGAAGCGGACCCAGCUGACAACGUGGCUAUCCCGAUGGCCGAAGAGCACGGCCCACCCAUGGGCGCCAUCGCCGCUUUUCGGAGCAUGCGAGGCACUUCGCAGCGGGACCACCUCAUCGGAGUGGUCUAUGACCAGACGACGUGCUGGGAUGUGAAAGUCCUCACUGGGCAAACGGCGAUGUUUUGGUUCGAGCUGCUGUGCUUGGAUUGCGUGGCCUGGUAUGCAGACGUGCUGCUUGAUAUCAAGCAACUGGUACUCUUUGCACGAACGGCUAAGACGCAAUAUCUGCUGUUCAAUUUGGCCGGGAUGGCGGCUCCCGUCAUAUUGUCGAUGCAUGAGACCGUGGAAUGGUUCAACCGCCCAGCAUCUCCGGCACUUGAUUCAUUGCGACACACAACAGGUAUGUCCUUGAAUGUUCUGAUGGGAGCAAUGCUGGGAGGCAUCGCACUGCAGUUGCAAAUGCUUUUGCUGACCCUUUGGUCUGCAAAGCACCGCACAAGGCACCCACUGCUGGCAGGAACCAAACACGCCGAGG